AUGGAUAACAGAGAAGAAGGAGGACCAUGCUCAAGUUGCUGCACCGUUGUAUUAAUCGCAGGAAUCAGUGUAGCUCUUGUUCGUUGGGACAUUGAUACUUAUCAACAAUGGAAAACAGCCGAAGAAUUAACCUCCCACGACUACUAUGGCCUUAUAUGGUCUUUAGGGAUGUGCUUAACUAUCAGUCUAGUCUGGUUUUCCUUACCUCUCUUAGUAGUCACUUUAGCGUGCAGAUUAAUCAAAAUUGCCCAGUGUAUAGGAAUUUUUCUAUUAGUUUGCGGAGGACCUAAUUUAUUGCUAUGGAAUAUUUUAGGCUGCAUCAUAGGAUCUUUUGAAUUCAAAGAUUUUUGUAUCAGCAAAAAUGACUGCGAUACAGAUUUCAUGGUAAUUGUAAUGAGGUCAAUUACUUGGGGAUUUUUAUAUAUAAUCAGCUUUAUUUGCUCAUAUGGGCUUUGAAGAAUUAUUUUGGAUUCUAUUAAAGGACUAAGGCUUAAAAGCAAGGUUAAAAAUUGGAGAACAGCAAGUAGGGCUGGAGAAAAACUAUUUUAUAUUAUCAUAAAUAGGGUUUUUCUAUAGUAAAAAUGCAUAUUUAUUAUAAUAGUAUAUACUAGAUCAUACAUGCUCUAUUUGUUUAGAUCAUUUUGGAGUUAAUGAAAAAAUCAGAGAACUAACUUGUAAGCAUACUUUUCAUAUGGAAUGUGUCGAUAUAUGGAUGCAGGAACAUGAAACUUGCCCAAUAUGUCGCCAGGCUUAUUAA